GCGUCUCCUUGGUGACAGACCGGAACCGGAAGCACAGAUGUCGAGCCGCACAAUGAACCGUGAGAGUCAGAUAUUGUAGCUGCUCCAGCUCGUUAUUUGAACAUUUUUUCACACCUUUCGGAUCGUUUCGGCCCUGGCUGUCCGGUCGGGUCCGCGGAGCAGGGCGGGAUGAGCUCAGAGGCGGCGGACCGGGUCGCCGCGGUGACCGGCAGCCGGCCCGGCACGCCGCUGCAGGUGUCCUGGUUCGAGUUCCUGCUGGACGGCGGCCUGCUGGAGACGCACCUGCAGAAAGCCAGCCCAGCAGACCCGGCGCAGGUCCAGCUCAUCGUCCAGUUCCUGGAGCAGGCCUCCAAGCCGUCGGUGAACGAACAGAACCAGGUGCAGCCGCCGGCAGACAACCGCAGGAACCGAACCCUGAAGCUGCUGGCGCUGAAAGUCGCCGCUCACAUGAAGUGGGACCUGGACAGCCUGGAGAGAGGGCUGACCAUCCCGGUGGUCAACAUGCUGCUGAACGAGCUGCUGUGCGUCAGCAAGGUUCCGGCCGGCGUGAAGCACGUGGAGCUGGACCUGUCCACCCUGCCGCCCACCACCGCCAUGGCCGUCAUCAUCUACAACCGCUGGGCCAUCAGGACCAUCGUUCUGAGCAGCUUUCCAGAGAAGCAGAACAAACCAGGACCUCAUCAGAUGAACAUGCUGAGCGUGGUGCAGCAGGAGAAGGAGCUGACGGAGAACAUCCUGGCGGUGCUGAAGGAGCAGGCGGCCGACUCGGUCAGCGUGCUGGACGCCGCGCUGCGCCUCAAGAAGGACUUCUACGUCCACACGCUGCGGACGCUGGACCUGCUGGGCUCCGACGCCGCCGCCGCCAACGGGGAGACCGAGUCCUCCACCGCCGGCCUGCGGAUCAGCGCCGACGAGCUGCACUGCCAGGUGCACUACGACCUGGGAGCCAUCUUCUUCCAGCGGGGCUGCACAGACCAGCCGGCCUAUCAGAAGGCCCGGGACCACUUCAGGAUGACCAAGGAGCUCCUGAAGAAGCUGGACCAGGCCGUCCACGUCCACCUGGACGAGAAGCGCCUGGCCGGCUACUGGAACGCCUGCAAGGCUUUGACCGGCGACUGCGACCCGGCCGACACGCACACGACCCGCUACGACCGGAUCAACAGCCUGAUCCGGAACCAGGACUACCAGGCCGUGGUGGAGGCCUUCAUCAGGGACAACGCUGCCCGCAGCUUACCGACCCACUUCAGGCGCUCGGUUCUGAGGGAGCUGCUGUACCGGGCCCAGCAGGGGGAGCCGGGUCUGGACCCGCUGUGCCGCCAGCUGUGUGUGUGCAACGCGGUGCGAGACGCUCUGGACGGAGAGGUUCUGAGCGUCGGGUUCCAGCAGCUGCUGCUGAAGCCCGGGAAGCGGAUCGUGGACUUCCUGCUGGAGGUGUCGUCCCGCUCUCUGGACCGGGACCGGCCGUCGGCCAGGAGGAACACCGCCGCCUUCCUGAGGACUCUGUGUGAGAACCUGGAGGACCGGGUUCUGGUUCUGACCGUCACGUCUCAUCCGCUCUUCCUGGAGCUGCUGAGGGACGACGACCGCAAGGUUCUGAUGGAGCAGACGAGGAAGAAGGGUGGCGUCAACCUGAGCGCCAAGCCGCUUCCGUCCUUCUACGACAUCCCAGCUUCGGCCAGUGUGAACAUCGGCCAGCUGGAGCAGCAGCUGAUCCGGGCCUUGGACCCGCGCCGGAUCCGACAGAUCCUGAUCGAGCUCCACGGCCUGGCGGAGCGACCUUUCUGGAGGGUCAACGGAAAGUGGGAGGUUCCUCCAGAUUACAUCGGCGCCGUCCUCGCCAUCAAAGACGGCCUGACCCGAGAUCUGGUCUACAUCCUGAUGGCCAAAGCUCUGCACUGCAUCUCCAUAAAGGACUUCGGGCCGGCCCGCCAGCUGUUCGCCGCCUGCCUGGAGCUCGUCACAGAGUUUUCUCCGAAGCUGCGGCAGGUGAUGCUCAACGAGACGCUGCUGCUGGACGUACGAGCUCACGAGGCCGCCGACGGCAGCCGGGAGCGGCCGCCGCCCGAGCUGGUGAGCCGGGUCAGAGGUUACCUGGAGAUGAGGAUCCACGACGUUCCCCUGCGCCAGGUGAUCGGGGAGGAAUGCGUCGCCUUCAUGCUGAACUGGAGGGAGAACGACUACCUGACGCUGCAGGUGCCUCCGUCUCUGGUCAUGAACAACCCGUACAUCAAGCUGGGCCAGCUCCUGGCCUCCACCUGCAAGGAGCUCCCAGGUCCUAAAGAGAGUCGGCGCACUGCCAAGGAGCUGUGGGAGGUGGUGGUGCAGAUCUGCAGCGUCUCCGUCCAGCACAAGCGCAGCAGCGACGGCCGGCUGGGUCUGAUCAAGCAGCGCGAGUCGUCUCUGGGCAUCCUGCAGCGGAGUAAAUUCAUCACCUUCACAAAGAAACUCAGAGAGCCGCUGGUGCUGACCACUCUGAUCUCGCUGUUCGUGAGACUCCACAGCAUCGUUCGGGACGACAUAGUGAACGAAGUGACAGCCGAGCAUCUGUCCAUCUGGCCAUCCUCUCUUCCAAACAUCCAGGCGGUGGACGUGGAGGCGGUGGCUGUGACCGUCAAAGAGCUGGUCUCCUACGCGCUGACGCUGAACCCCAACAACCAGGCCUGGCUCGUCACGCAGGCAGACAUCUACUUUGUGACCAAUCAGUACUCGGCGGCGCUCAGCUUUUACCUGCAGGCUGGAGCCGUGUGCUCAGACUUCUUCACCAAACCUGUUCCUCCUGAUGUCUACACAGACCAGGUUCUGAAGAGGAUGAUCAAGUGCUGCUCCAUGAUGAACUGCCACACACAGGUCGCCGUUCUGUGCCAGUUUCUCCGGGAGGUGGACUACAUGACGGCGUUCAAAGCUCUUCAGGAGCAGAACAGCCACGACGCCAUGGACUCCUUCUACGACUACAUCUGGGACGUCACCAUCCUGGAGUACCUGACUCAUAUUCACCACAAACGCGGCGAGACGGAGAAGCGGCAGAUCGCUGUAAGUCCUCCGGCUGCAGGAGUUUCACUCACUCAAACCGUCGCCCAGGAUUCGAACUGGGGUCAAGCUCAGGUUUUUAAAACCAAGCGUACGCACACCAGCAGCCAUUUUGCCUUGUGACCUCAGAGCUUGGUCAGGUUCUGCACACAUUUCACCAUUAAGGUCGAUGCAAAGCACCUUGGGAACCUCAGCGUUGGUUUACUGAUGAUCAGCCCUGCAUCGUAACAACGCCACAGCUGAUUAGCACGAACCGCAGGCAGCCUUCAUCCUCAUUGGCUGCUCCUGACCGCCAGCUCCGGCCCAGUCAGGUUUCCAUGUUGGGUUUCCAGAGCUCGGUUCUGGGUCGGGCUCUUCAGAGCGCAGCCUGGUUUCUGGCUCGGAGCCGGUGGCGCCGUGGCGUCACCUGCUGCCAUCUCAGACCGAGGCGCUGCAGUCCGAGCUGCACGCCACCUACUGGUCACAGUUAUUACUGCAUCUGCUGCCAGAGUACAUGAUCAGCGCAGCGCCACAGCUGCACAGCAGAGGAAUUAAAAAACAGAAGAAGAGAGUUGCAGAGGUCCAAAUACCAGCAGGAUCUGUCCUGAUCCUCCGAUGGGCCACAAACACGGAGGCUUUACAGAGUUACGCUGUUCCUACAGGCAGAGUCCAUUCAUCUGGACUAAUCACUGGGAAUGCUUCGCACAUCGUCAGGAUUUAUUCCUAAUCUGUGGCGAUAAAAUAAAGCUGGGGAGACGACGGUGAGAAACCGUUUAAAUAUUGACUUUGGUUUAAGACUCAGACCUUCUUUGUUCUCAUGAAGUUGAGGCUCGGCAGCGAAGGCUCCUAUCGCUCUGCGCUGUACAUGAUGAAGCGGAUUUCUGGCUGAGUCCGACAUUUAACUAAAUGUCUGAGGGAACCAAAUGGUGGAUUCACCUCCAUCUGCCAACUCUUCCCUUUGCUUCCAAACAAGCCAGACGGUGUGCGUGCCUCAGCCUUGGACGCACAUUUUCAUGUUUUAAAUCGGUACGUCUGCAGUGAAGGUUUCAGACGCCAUUUUGUGCGUGUGCUAGCUUUAAGGAUGAAACAAGUUUCUGAUCAUUUUCCCUGGUUUGUUCUGAACCUGGACAACGGGAAUCUUUUAGCCGUGCUUUAGCUUUCCCCUGGCAGGCUGAUUUAAAUGUGAUGGUGCUGUGCUCCACCU